UGCCUGCCCUCACGCAGGCCCCGCCCACCAAGCUGCCACGCAUCCUGAUUGGUCGGGUGGUGCCGGGGCGGGCUGCGAUUGGAUGAGACGGAGCCAGGCCUGAGGCCGCGCUGAGGGCGGCGAUGGACGGGUCGCUGUCGCUGUCGCUGGACGCAGCCGCGCUGGAGGUGAUGGAGGCGCUGGAGCUGCUGCAGCAGCGGCGGGAGCAGCUGGAGCAGCACAUGCGGCAGGGGUGGCUGUCCCCGUGCUGUCCCCAAUGUCCCUGCAGGGGUGGCUAUCUCCCUGCUGUGUCCCCACUGUCCCCCAUGUCCCCACAGGGGUGGCUGUCCCUGGCCCAGGCCCGUUACUCCCUGGGCUGUCACCGCGUCUCGUCCCUGCAGUACGGGGCCACCAUGGUGCCCCGAGUCCGUGUGUGCCACAGGCAGGACCCGGAGGGACGCCCCCACUUUGAGGAGGUGCCUGGAACAGGGGGAGACCCCGAGGACCCCGACCCCCAGCAGGGCGGGGGUGACGGGCUGCGGCAGCGUCGGGGAGCCCCCGAAAAAGGGGGGACCCCCAGCCGGCCCCCCCCAGACCCCCUGGGCUGGUUUGGGGUCCUGGUGCCCCCCAGUCUGCGGCAGGCCCAGGGCAGCUUCCAGAAGGGGGUGACGCUGGCCGUGGAGGUGGCCGAGCUCCAGGCCACCAUGGAAGCCGCGGCCGCCCGGUACCGGCAACUCCUGCGGCAGAAACGUCACCUGGCCGGGGACAGCGGGGACAGCCAGAGCCCCACCGGAACCCCUGGGGACAGCCAGGACACCGAGGGUGACACAGUGACCUCAGUGACUGCGUGACACGAGGACACGUCUGCAGGUGACACAGCUGCCACCAGUGACACGGAGGACAGCAGCACCUGCCUGUGGGUGACACCAAGUCCCCAAGGGUGACACUGCGCACCAGGUGACACUGAGGACUUUGCAGGUGACACCGAGCCCCACAUGUGACUGAGUGUCUGAGGGGGAUCCCCCCAUGUCCCCACCCCCAAUAAAGCCACCCCGGUGCCACCACGGGGUCAUUUAUCACCGUUGUCAGG